UAUAGAUGGAUGUGUGGAGUCUGCAGACACCCACACACUCACACUCUCUGUGCCAUAUUUGACUACUCUGUGUGUGUUUCCUGGUGCAUGUUAUUCCAGUAUGCAAAUCCCGCAGACUCCAUGAAGUAGAGGAGAACAUCAGAGAAACGGAGAGGGAGAGAGGACGAGAGAGUAAUGGUCUAUAUAAAGCUUUAGCGUGGGGGAGGAAGGUGGUCCACAGAGUUUUAAUGAAAUAAUGAAGUGAGUUCCACAGGCUGAGCUGGAGCGAGGCUGAGGUGGGUGAUGGAUCGUCUCCUCUGGCGAUGAGAGCAGAAGGUGCAGGUGAGUGAAAGUGUUUGGUUGUGUAGACUAGCAUCAGCGUUCCAUCACAGAUGCCCACCACUGUGCCUGAGGACCCUCCAGCAAUAGAUUACAACCUGUGACCUUUCUGUCAUCCCAAAAACUGCCCAUGGAUCUUUACGUCAAAGACCCGUACGCCCCCGAUGACCCGCCAGUGGAUGACGACUGCUUCCCGGACCUGGAGUGUGCCGUGUGCUUCAGCCAGUUCAACAACGUCUUCAACACGCCUAAGAUGCUUGAAUGCAAGCACACCUUCUGCCUUGAGUGCCUCGCCCGCAUGAAUGUCAAAUCCUCCCAGCCCGAAACCAUCCAGUGCCCACUCUGCCGGGCGUACACCCCCUUACCCACCCUGGGCCUGCCCAAGCUGGCUACGGACCCUGCGGUACUGUCCUACCUCCCGGAGGCCAUGCAGCGCGUCUACAGCAUCCGCUUCAACCGGGACCGGGGGAAGUUACAGGUGAAGCGAGCACCCAGCUCGGUGCCGCCCUGCCCGGGCGAAUCCCGCCACAGCGUGGACCUCGGGGUGCCCGUCGACUCUGAGGACAGUGACAGGAGGAGUGAAAGUGGCUCGUUCUGCGCUAGGCUGAUACGCAAGCCCCUCUGCAAGGGGCUCUUCAUGGCUUCUGGAGUGCUCAUAAUGGUCUCACUCACCAUCGGCAUCGUCAUCAUCCUGUCUCAGAAUAAGAAGUCAUCUUAGUUGCUGAACAUCUGAUUUCACAAGAUGCUGGAAAUGGACUCCUUCACCAUCAGCUUCGUCAUCGUCUCCUCAGGAAGUGAUGUUGGGGUAAACGGCAGAGUUUCCUGUGGUAUAAAAGAACUAAUUCUUGCAAACUGUCUCUCUUAUUAUUAUUUAUUCCACAGAGGAGGUGAUGUCAUUGUUAGGUGGAUAUCAAUAGAGUGCCACGUUCCUGCCGGAGUUCCCUGUACUGUGUAAACACGAAGACAUUUGAUCCAGUUCAAGCAAUUUUUUUCAAACUGUCCAUUUCAGUGAGUCAAACUUCCAAUUCAACGAAUCACUGAUUCUCAAGUUAAUGUGAAGGAGCUGAUAGUCAUCUCCCUCAACAUCGACAUCAUCUUCUCACAGAGGAAGUGACGUCAAUGACAAAGACAAAGACUUAAAAGAAAACACACAAACAUAUUACCUAUGCCACUUAUCUUUCUGGGUCAUGGGGGUACUGGAGCCUAUCCUAGCGGUCACUGGGCAGAAGGCGGGAAACACCCUGGACAGGUCCUUAAAGGAAGAGAUAAGUGGAAAAACAAACUGACAAGCCCCAGUGGAGUCCAUCAGAGAUGGAGUGAUCUAUCACCGUUUUCUAUAAGCAGUUUUUACUUGUUAGCAUUGUAGCUACAAAGCAAAAACAAAGAUGACACCAAACGUGCCUUGAAUUAUGAACUACAGCUGCGCAAAUGUGAUGUUAUGCUGCACAGCAAGUUUUGGGUCCCAAGCAUAACUUUUUCAAAUUGGACAAUGUAGUUCAUGUUCAGAGGGUUUUAUUUCAGACCUGUGCUACUAUUAUGGACUAAACUAAAGCAUCACUGACUGUUCUUGUGUCAGUCCCAGAUAGCAAGAACAUAGUAGCCCACUGAUGGCAAAGCUGGCGGCCCACUGACUUUUUACUCAGCAUUUUUCUGGCGGCCCCCUGUUGGUUAAGCAGUGUAUUAGACAAAAUGUCACUUAUCAUCACUCCUUUUCCUUCGUUUCUAACUUUCGUUAUCCGUUUUAGUAAUUAGUAAGUAAUUGUAACAGGAAUGUUGCAGAAAACUAGUUCUUAUAAUAAAAAUCUAGUUAGUUCAGUGGCCUGAGGAUGGCAAGAAGUCAGCAGGGUGUCAGCUUUAUCGGGCCAGCUAACUGAUACAUGCUCGCUAUCUGGGGUGACGUACUGCAUGGCAGUGAUGUUUUACGUUUCAAUGUAAAAAUACACUGUUCCAUGGAACAAAGAUAGGAACUGAACUUCCGGGUCUUGGAAAUCCCCACUAGCCUAUAAAAGCCACUCUUUGCACAAUUACCGACUUCCUUCUGCUGUGAAAGUGCAAACUCACAGCUAUUGGCAAAUCUUAGUGUGCAGAUAUUCUGCAAUUGUGCUGAAAUUAAAGCAACAGUUUGGUGAAA